UUUGGUGGUGAUAGUGAGGAGACGACAAACAGAGAGCUGUCAAAGCCCAUAACAGUCGUCUACCGAUAUAAUGUCCCUGGCGUCAAAACAGAGACGGAGAUAGGACCAAAAACAACACAUGUACUUCUCCACGGAAACAAGGACGAGCUGAAAACACUUUAAAAUCACUUUGUAGAGUUGUUAACCUGUGGGAAUGUGGACUUUUCCUGCGUGGCGACUAAAAACGCAGGAAAAGUGUCGGUAGCAGCGAUUCUAAUGCUAAUGCCUGUCAGCGUUAGCCCACAGUUCUGCUCGAGUUUUGUUGACAAACCGGUUAGUAGCUGAGAUAACGGUGUCACAGAUUUCCAUCAUUUAUUUGUUCUUUUUUGUUUUUUCCUUCAGUUUGAGGCAUGAAAACCAACUGUAGCUGUUGUAUGUUUUCAAACGUCGGUUUGAAAUAAAGGCAGGUCUUGACCCAUCACUCAUCUGUCAAAUAUGUGACAUCCCCCCCACUCUUUUGUAAACCACAUAUGUGUUUUAAAACAACUGAAGUCUAUGGGUCUCACAUAUUUCCACCGAGGACUUAAUCUGAGUGGAUGUUGACGUUCUGUGCCGCCGUGGAACCAUCGGCACCAGCAAAGGGACUCAGCGCUCCUGUCAUGCAGGUACAUCGCAGCACCACGCCCAUAUCACCUUCACUGCCAUCACCAUCCUCCACAUCACCAUGGACCGGAACAAAAGAAAUUCCAUCGCCGGCUUCCCAACACGACCGGACCGCCUCAGUGACGACAAGGACGCUUUCGGAGGGGUAGGGGUCAGCGAGAUGGGCGGGGGCCCGACGCCACAGGUGGGCAGGGUGUGGCCGUCAUCAUACAGAGCCCUCAUCAGCGCCUUCUCCUGUCUGACACGCCUCGAUGACUUUGCCUGCGAGUGGAUUGGUUCUGGAUUCUUCUCUGAUGUCUUCAAGGUACGUCACCGGGCCUCGGACCAGAUCAUGGCGCUGAAGAUGAACAAGCUGAGCAGCAACAGAGCCAACAUGCUGAGAGAGGUGCAGCUCAUGAACCGCCUCUCUCACCCAAACAUACUCAGGUUCAAAGGAGUGUGUGUCCACGAGGGCCAGCUACACGCUUUGACAGAGUACAUCAACGGUGGAGACCUGGAGCACCUUCUUGACAGCAACACACACCUGAGCUGGCCCACCAGGGUCAAACUGGCCUCUGAGAUCGCCUGUGGUCUGGCCUACCUUCACUCUAAAGGCGUGUUCCACCGGGACCUCACCUCCAAGAACUGUCUGAUCAAAUGUGACGACAACAACUACACGGCCGUAGUUGCAGACUUUGGACUGGCAGAAAAGAUCCCCACUACUGUUGCUGAACGUGAAAAGCUUUCCGUGGUUGGUUCUCCUUUCUGGAUGGCUCCGGAGGUGCUCAGAGAUGAGCCUUACAAUGAGAAGGCUGAUGUCUUUUCAUACGGAAUUGUCCUGUGUGAGAUCAUUGCACGAAUCCAGGCAGAUCCUGACUACCUUCCCCGCACGGAGAACUUCGGCCUGGACUACCACACGUUCCAGCACAUGGUUGGAGACUGUCCGCCUGAUUUUCUUCAGCUGGCUUUCAACUGCUGCAACAUGGACCCUAAACUCCGCCCAUCUUUCACUGAGAUCGUCAAGUACCUGGAGGAGAAUCUCGCACGCCUUAAAGCCGAGGAGGUGGAGCAGGAGUGUGUCCAGCUGGACGGAGACAACGACAUAACGAACAUCUCUAAAGUAGAGAAAAUCCAGGGUUUCAAGAGAACAAACCCUCUUAGUUUCCCCGACGACAAAAUCCCACCUAAAUCGCCCCGCCCCCGACGAAACAUCUGGCUCAGUCGCAGCCAGUCGGACAUCUUCUCCUGCAAACUACUGAGAAAAGUCAACAUCCAGGACCCCUACUACGACCCCCCCACCGCGCAGCGAUCCUGCAAAACCCACAAAAUCAACCCGUUCACAGCUCGCGAAGACCUGUGUGGAGGCAAGAUCAAGUUCUACGAUGUGCCCAGCAAGUCCGUCUUCUCGUUGGUCUUUGACCUUCACUCGCCCCCGGGGAGCGCCUUCAGUAACCAGCCUCCUGCCACAGCGCUGCAGGAGACUUCGUUCUACUGGCAGCAGCUGCCGGGACGACAGUGUCACUCUCUGCCGGUGUCGCCCCAACUGCCCCGCUCUGAGGUCUUCAGUCUGGCUGCUGUCGUGAGCUCCAACAACAACGGUUCUCUCACCUGCAACUCAAGCCAGGUCUCCACAACACUGACAGGACUGACUGGAACCGACGUCCAGAGGUCAGGGGUCAGCAUAGACAGCAGCUGGGCGAAGAAAUUUGUCGUGGUUGAAAUCCCACCUUACUGCGGCCCAAGGGGAGGAGGAAGAGGAGGUGACAGCAGCGACGACUUGUCUGGGGAGAGCUGGACUCCAAUGGUCUCCUGCAGUGACAGCAGCGAGGUCAUGGACUGCUCCUGCAGCCAGGAGGAGAAAGGAGGAAGAGGGGGGGCGGAGCACUGCUCACUGUAAUGAAGAAAUGAGGCAGCGAAACGUGUUCUCACCUAAUACGCUCAGAACUGAUACAACAGAGACACGUCAGCCUCCUUGACCUUCUGACCCUUAACGUGAUGACGAUAAAGUGCCCGAAAGUAUGUACUGUCAGAUUUACUGAUGCUUUUUGGAAACUUUUUUAGGAAAACAACACAACCAGAGGAGAUAAAGCACUGCAUUGUUUUUCUGUCCCACGUCGCAGGUGUGAAAGACUUCAGGUAACACAUCCACGCAAACAGGUUUUCUCUCCACACUCAGACACUCAGUAUAGAGAUUAUUUUUGAAAAAAACAAACGGUUGUUUAUAUUUAGUACUACGAGGUGAUGUAGAAUAUUGUUCUCUUUAAGGUUUUUGUAAAUACUGAUUUGUGUCGUGUCUGUAGCUGGAGUGACUGGUCCUUUGUAUUGUUUGUGCAAAAAUACUAAGAAGAGGUUUUUGUUGGUUAUUUUUUUUAUCAUAAACCUGGGUUUGAAACAUGAUGUAAGAGGUGGAAUUCUCCUCUGAGGUCAUUUCACCAAACAUCCAGGAGUGACUGUAAAAGCAUCAGCAACCAUUUACACUAGCAGUGAAGACUGAACAUGUAACUCUGUAGAAGCUCAGGAGACUUUAUUAGUGAGUCAUCAUCCUUGAGAGGUCAUUGGUUCAAUACUACUGUACUAUUUGGUGUUUACAUGGAGUUCUUCCUCCAUCAUUCCAAAACAAAUAUUAUUUAGUUAAUUAUUCACUCUAAAUUUACCUUAAAUAUAAAUAUUUGUGUGAAUGGCAGCCUGUCCAGUGUGUAAUCCCACUCCCACCUGAUGACGACCACGUUUUGCUCCAGACCCAUCACGAACAGUAAACCACUGUUUCUCGACACACACUAAUCCAUAAAUAAUUGCAAUACGUUGUAUUUGACCUUCGACUUCCUGUUUGAUCACAGCGGUGUGCUACUUCCUGCACUUCACAGACGAAAAUGCAAGCUCAGUCACUUAUAAAAAAGGUUAUUACCGUAAUAACUCCUGGAGGUUUGGAGUUAGCCUCUUCUGAAGCACUCGUCCGUGAACAGUUGUUUCCGCCUCAGUCUGACAGGACCUAACUCCACCUCACUUCUUUACUAUGCAACAGACGCAUCAAGGUUUACACCACAGUGUUUCACAGGAUGAAAUACCUUAUUUGAUAUUCAAGAGAAAACAUUUUUAAUGUCUUACCUUUGUAUAGUUCGUGUAAAAAAAAAUACUACCUGUCUUUGAUGGUUACAGACUGAGAUGAUGUUUUUGGUCUUUGUUUUAUGCUGAAUGAUUAACAAAGCUUUUUUGAACUUG